UGAGCUGAGCAGUGAACAUGCAGCUGAACUGGUCUCUUGUAGAAUCUACUAACAUGAUGGAAUAGAGGUUGAAAUAAAUUUGUGUUUAUAUAGAUUCUCUUAUUCUGCCAGUUUUGGGCUUUGGCAUUGCUCAAACUCUUUCUUCCGCAGCCUAAGGUCUGGUUCUUUAGCAUUGGAAAUGCAGCUUCUUGGGAUAUCUGGCUUUGCAAAACUGGUCUUGUUUAUCACAUGGUUCACCGAAACUGUUCAACAGAGCAAGACGCCUAAUCGAUGUGAUGAAAAAACUGAAGUGACCUAUCACAUUCCUUGUACAUCUUGUGCGGCUUCAAAAACAGGCACUUGUCCAAGAGGGUUCAGAAAGAUCACUAAUGGAACUGGAAAGCGUGGUUGCAGUUAUACUGUCAACAUAGGAGAAGAAGUUCUAACUCUGAUUGGCUGUAGUCAUACCUGUGUGAAGACUAUCACAGAACGCAAAUGCUGCAAAGGAUUUUGGGGAACAACUUGUCUAGAAUGUCCUGGUGGAUCACAAAACCCUUGCAAUGGCCAUGGGACUUGUAUGGAUGGCAUCACAGGGAAUGGGACCUGCAUAUGCAAGGAAAACUUUGGAGGUUUUGCUUGUCAAGAAUGUGCCAAUGAGAAUGCAUAUGGACCAACCUGUAGUUCAGUCUGCAGGUGUGGGCGUGGAAUCUGUAACACUGGAAUCAGUGGAAUUGGAAGUUGCAUUUGUCCUGCAGGUUACACUGGCCCUGAAUGUAAACAAGAGUCACCAGUGUGCAAAGCAUUGAAUUGUCCAGAAAAUUCUCGUUGCAUUGACUGGGGGAAUGGCACUACCAUCUGUGAGUGCAUGCCUGGUUUCCAGAAAACUGAAAAUGCCUGCCAGGAACUUAAUCCAUGUGAUGGAAAUAUUUGUAAUAAGAAAGCUGAGUGUCAGUCACUAGGACAGGGCAGAUACCGCUGUACUUGUCAGCCUGGUUACCAAGGAGAUGGCAAAGUGUGCAUGCCAAUCAAUUCUUGUAUGAACAACAAUGGUGGCUGUCCAGAAAAUUCAACAGAGUGUGUCUCCAGUGGUGUUGGAAAGAAUUAUUGUGUUUGCAAACCAGAGUUCCAGAAAGCAAAGUCUUCUGAUGUCUGUGUUUUGAAAAACAGCUGUGGCUCAAACAAUGGAACCUGCCAGAAAUUUUUGACUAAGGAAUGUGAAGAAGGAGAGAUUGGAAAUGGAAACCAGUGUUUUGGAAGCCUCAUGUCACAGAGUCACAAACUGAAUGAAAAAGGAAGGCUGAAAGGAAAGCUGACUGGCAUUCUAAAUGUUUUUGAACAGAGCUGUUCCUUAGCACUGAGAAAACUUGGGCCCUUCACAGUCUUGCUUCCUGUUACCCAAAAUUUUAUAGUAAAUGAGACAUUGAAGCUUCAGAUGUGCAAACUCUGCAUCAUUACUGGCCAGUAUCUAAUGGACGAUUUAAUCAAGCUGAAGAAAAUGUGGACAUUAGCAGGGGUACCAGUUGAAUUUUCGGCAACUAGUUACAAGUAUAAGGGCCAAGGCAUGUCUGGUUAUAAUUACACUCUAUCACAGAGAGAUUUACCAGCAUCAAAUGGAAUCAUUCACUUGUCAAGUGGACCUAGAUUAGUAAUGACUUCUGAUGGACUGGGAAACUCACAGGAGACUGUUGGAAGAAUUAUUAGCAAAAACAACCAGUUUUCACGAUUUCAGACCCUGAUAGAGAACAGUAACAUGCCUAAUAUAUUAGACAGACCGGGUUCCUUCACUGUAUUUGCUCCAAGCAAUGAAGCUAUUGAAAAACUGAGAGAUGGCAGGUUAAUCUACAUGCUGGUAAAAGCAAGAGACAAGCUUACAGAACUCGUGAAGCACCAUGUUUAUUCCACAGCAGCAGUGAGCAUUAUUAAAAUUACUACUAUGCCUAGGAUGCUGACCAUGGCCAAUCAGAUCAUAACCAUUAACGUGACAAACGAUGGAAGGAUUUUGCUUGGCGACACAGGUGUACCAGUAACUAAGACAGAUAUUGUUGCAUCCAAUGGUGUUAUCCAUGCUCUGGAUGGAAUUCUAAUUCCUCCUUCGAUACUUCCAAUUUUGCCACAGAUAUGUAAUGAAAUCCAGUAUAAAGUCAUUAUGGGUCCCUGUGUCCCAUGCGGUUCAUUAAAUAAUAGCAUAUGUCCAGAAGGAAAUCCUAUGCAGGUACCUGGUUGCUGUAAAGGAUUUUUUGGCUCAUCAUGCAAACAGUGUCCAGGUGGUUUUGCCAAUCCUUGCUAUAUGCGUGGGAAUUGCAGUGAUGGGAUUCAUGGAACUGGCCUGUGCCACUGUUUUCCAGGAUUCAAAGGUAUUGGAUGUCACAUAUGUACAGAUCCAAACAAGCACGGUUACAACUGUGAUGAAGAUUGCCCAUGUGUGCAUGGGAUUUGUGACAACAGACCAGGAAGUAAAGGUGUCUGCCAACCCUCGUCUUGCAAACCUGGCUUCUAUGGGGAAUUUUGUGACAGAACGGCUGUACCCUGUGGACCGUCUGGGCUGUCUGUAUACUGCCACAUAAAUGCAGUCUGCGAACUCUUGAAUUCUACUACUAGGUGUGUCUGUGCAGAUGGAUAUGAGGGAGAUGGAUUAAGCUGUACUCCUGUAGACCUCUGCAAGCAGCCUGAUCGAGGUGGUUGUGCAGAAAAUGCUGAAUGUACCAGUACAGGCCCAGGUAAUGCAACUUGUCAAUGUAACAUUGGUUGGACUGGAGAUGGUCAAGAAUGUGUUGCCAUAGACAGAUGCUCAGAGGAGGACAGAGGAGGUUGCCAUACCAAUGCAGAGUGUCGAUUUGUUGGGCCUGGACAGAAUGAAUGUGAAUGCCUUAAAGGAUAUGCUGGUGAUGGCUACGAGUGUAGUGCAACUGAUCCCUGUUUGGAAAACAAUGGCAACUGUGAUGCCUUGGUGAGUAUGACAGAAGCUAAUCAGCAGCAUGGUGUCAAAUGGAUGCUCAACAUGCCUGGGGAAACAGAGGCUGAGUGUGUGCCCACCGGUGCUGGUGAGAGGAACUGCCUUUGUCCUGAUGGCUAUUCUGGUGAUGGAAUGAUAUGCUAUGGAGACAUUUUAAUUGAGAUGGCGACAAAUCCUGAUCUUGAUGGAUUCCAUGAGUGGAUAAAGAUGUCUUCAUUUUCCAUCCCUGAUAGAGUUAAUGUAACAGCACUGGUACCAACAAAUGAUGCUAUUGGACAGCUGAGUAAAAAUCAAACAGAUUUGUGGCUAAAACCUUAUAUGCUGCCAUUUUUAAUCAGGGCGCACUUUUUGCAAAAUGCCUUCACAGUUGAACAACUGAAGCAAUAUGGAGGCCAAGAACUGCCAACACUGAAUCCUUCUACAAAAUGGCAGAUCAGCAAUAACAAUGGGGCUGUAGCUAUUCAAAAUGCAAAUGUGCUAACCUCGGAUGUGCCAGCUGUGAACGGCAUUAUUCUGAUUGUAAAUAAGGUUCUCCUGCCAUCUGUGGGCGAUAUUCCUCCACCUCCACUAUCCUUGAGCCAGCAGCUAGACCAGGUCCCAGCCUUUUCAGCAUUUAAGAAGUUGCUUGUGGAAUACCAGCUGGUUGAUGAACUUCAGUCUCAUGCAGAGGGUUAUACUGUAUUAGUGCCAGACAAUAGUGCAGUCGAGUACUACUGUAACACUUCUAACAUCCAAAAACUUGACAACGAAACUGUGAAAUAUCACGUUAUACUUAAAGAAAUGCUUGAGACCAAAGAUUUGAAAGAUGGACUUGUUAAAGACACUAUGUUAGGAAAAGGCUAUCAAAUUGUGUUCUAUCAAAAUGAAAGCAUGAUUUACGCUAAUGAUGCCGAGUUAAGUGGCAUAUUUUAUAAAACCCAUUAUGGAAUGCUUAUUGGAGUAAAGAAUGUCAUGAAGGUUCAGAAAAAGCACUGUGAUGUUACUAAAAUCCAGCUCAUAAAGGGACCCUGUGGUCAUUGCUCCUUAUCACCAUCCUGCCCUGCUGGUACCAGUCCUGCUGAAACAGUCACUGAAGGUAUACCAUCAGAGUGCUCUUAUACAAAAUUUCGUAAUGGCAAAAUGGUGCAUUUACGUGGCUGCCUUCUCACAUGUGCUAAUGUUACCACAAUACUGGGCUGCUGCAAAGGCUACUUUGGAGAACAGUGUGAUUUAUGCCCUGGAGAGCCAGAUAACUGGUGUUUUGGUAAUGGUGAAUGCCAGGAUGGCAUUGGUGGUACAGGAGAAUGCAAGUGUGAAGAAGGUUUCCAUGGCACAGCAUGCGAAAUGUGUGAAGCUGGAAGAUAUGGGGAAAAGUGUAAAUCAGCGUGCAACUGUCUCCAUGGGAAAUGCAAUGACGGGCUUAAUGGAGAUGGAAGUUGUAGGUGUUAUGCUGGAUGGCAAGGAGAAAAGUGUGAUACAGUGAGCGUGAUGGACCCAUGUAAUGGAACGUGCCAUUCCAGUGCCAAUUGUAUUUCAGGGAGUCCUCUCACUCCAUCAUACUGCGUCUGCUCUGCUGGUUUCACAGGAAAUGGGACCUUCUGCUCAGAAAUCAAUCCUUGCAAAGUGAAUAAUGGUGGCUGCUCACGGAAUGCAAACUGCACUAAAAUAUCAAGUGGGGAGAGACAGUGCACCUGCAAGGAAGGCUUCAGUGGAGAUGGCAUACGAUGCAGGGAAGUUAAUCCCUGUUUAAAAAAUAAUGGAGGAUGCCAUAAAAAUGCAAUGUGUCGCAGUGCAUUAUAUCAAAAGGUUACCUGUUACUGUAAGACUGGAUAUAGUGGAGAUGGCAUAAAUUCAUGCAUAUUAAUCGAUCCCUGCCGAGAGAAUAAUGGAGGAUGCAACACAUAUGCACGAUGUAUAACGACUGGAACAUCAACGCGCAACUGCACCUGCUGGAGUGAUUAUGUUGGGGACGGCAUUGAAUGUAGAGGCAAACUCAGUCGGGAACUUUCUCGUGAAGCUGAAGCAGUAGGAUUAUACAGAUAUAUAGUGCUUGCUGGUGUAACAGAUUUAUCUCAGAAAGGACCUUUUACUGUCUUUGUACCACUGCAGAAUGCUACAAAAAGAGACACCACAGUAAGUAGGAACAAAUUGCCAGAACCACUAUCCUGUAACAGCAAAUUACCACCACCAUCAUUCACUAACAGCAAAUUACCAGCAACACUAUCCUGUAACAGCAAAUUACCACCACCACCACCCAAUAACAGCAGAUUACCAGCACCACCAUCCAGUAACAGCAAAUUACAAGCAGCACCAUCCAGUAACAGCAGAUCACCAGUACCACCAUCUAGUAACAGCAAAUUACCACCACCACCAUCAUCGAGUAACAGCAGAUUACGACCACCACCAUCCUGUAACAGCAAAUUAUCACCACCAACAACCAGUAACAGCAAAUUACCACCAGCACCAUCCUGUAACAGAAAAUUACCACCAACAACAACCAGUAACAGCAAAUUACCACCACCACCAACAUCCAGUAACAGCAGAUUACCACCACCACCAUCCAGUAACAGCAAAUUACCACCACCACCAACAACCAGUAACAGCAAAUUACCACCACCACCAUCCAGUAACAGCAAAUUACCACCACAACCAACAACCAGUAACAGCAAAUUACCACCAUCACCAUCCAGUAAAAGCAGAUUACCAGCACCACCAUCCAGAAACAGCAACUUCCCACCACCAUCAGCAAACCGUAACAGCAAAUUACCACCACCACCAUCCAGUAACAGCAGAUUACCACCACCACCAUCCUGUAACAGCAAAUUACUACCACAACCAACAACAACCAGUAACAGCAAAUUACCACUACCAACAACAACCAGUAACACCAAAUUACCACCACCACCAUCCACCAGUAACAGCAUAUUACCACCACCACCAUCCAGUAACAACAAAUUACCACCAACAACAACCAGUAACAGCAAAUUACCACCACCACCAUCCAGUAACAGCAGAUUACCACCACCACCAACAGCCAGUAAUAGCAGAUUACCACCACCACCACCACCAUCCAGUAACAGCAGGUUACCACCACCACCAUCCAGUAACAGCAAAUUACCACCACCAACAACAACCAGUAACAGCAAAUUACCACCACCACCAUCCUGUAACAGCAAAUUACCACCACCACCAUCUCCUCAAAUUACCACUACCACCAUCUCCUGUAACAGCAAAUUACCACCACCACCAACAACUAGUAACAGAAAAUUACCACCACCACCAUCCUGUAACAGCAUAUUACCACCACCACCAUCCAGUAACAGCAAAUUACUACCACCAGCCACAACCAGUAACAGCAAAUUACCACCACCACCAUCCAGUAACAGCAGAUUACCAGCACCACCAUCCAGUAACAGCAAAUUACCAACACUAACAACAACCAGUAACAGCAGAUUUCCACCACCACUAUCCUGUCACAGCAAAUUACCAAUACCACCAACAACCAGUAACAGCAAAUUACCACCACCAACAACAGCCAGUAACAGCAAAUUACCACCACCAUCCAGCAACAGCAGUUUACCACCACCAUCAUCCAGUAAGAGCAAAUUACCACCACCACCAUCCUGUAACAGCAAAUUACCACCACCAACAACAACCAGUAACAGCAAAUUAACACCACCACCAUCCAGUAACAGCAGAUUACCACCAACAACAACCAGUAACAGCAAAUUACCACAACCGCCAUCCUGUAACAGCAAAUUGCCACCACCACCAACAACCAGCAACAGCAAAUUACUACCACCACCAACAACCAGUAACAUUAAAUUACCACCACCACCAUCCAGAAACAGCAGAUUACCACCACCACCAUCCAGUAACAGCAAAUUACCACCACCACCAACAGCCAGUAACAGCAGAUUACCACGACCACCAUCCAUUAACAGCAGAUUACCACAACCACCAUCCAGUAACAGCAAAUUACCACCAACAACCAGUAACAGCAAAUUACCACCACCACCACCAUCAUCCAGUAACAACAGAUUACCACCACCACCAUCCAGUAAUAGCAAAUUACCACCACCAACAACAACCAGUAACAGAAAUUACCACCACCACCAUCCAGUAACAGCAGAUUACCACCACCACCAUCCUUUUUGUACAUAUGACGUUGAUGACAUUGAUGACAUUAAUGAUGAUGACGAUAAUGACAUUGAUGAAUUUGAUGUUGACAUUGACAAUGACAUUGAUGAAGUUGAUGACUAUGACAUUGAUGACAUUGACAUUGAUGACGAUAACAUUGAUGAUGUUAUUGACAUUGAUAUUGAUGACAUUUAUGAUGACAUUGCUGACAUUGACGAUGACAUUGAUGAUGACGUUGAUGACAUUGAUGAUGACAUUGAUGACAUUGAUGAUGCUGAUGACAUUGAUGAUGAUGUUGAUGACAUUGACAAUGACAUUGAUGAUGACGUUGAUGACAUUGACGAUGACAUUGAUGAUGUUGAUGACAUUGACAAUGACAUUGAUGAUGACGAUUACAGUGACGAUGACAUUGAUGAUAUUGAUGAUGUUGAUGACAUUGAUGACAUUGACGUUGAAGAUGCUGAAGAAUGGAAGACGAGAGGCCUCGCAGCUGAACUAAUACUCUAUCACAUUGUAGGUUGUCAACAGCUCUUGCUGUCAGAACUGAAAGCCCAAAAGUCUCUGACCACCCUGCAAGGCAAUAAAAUAGAGAUCACAGAAAAGAAGGGUGUUGUGUACCUAAAUAAAGACACUGAAAUUGUCAAGAGUGACAUCAUUGCAAGCAAUGGGAUUUUUCAUUAUAUUGACAAAGUCUUAGUCCCUUAUAAUAUUGAAACUAAUAAUGCAGCAUUAAAGGCCAAAAAGGAAAAUGUGACAGAAGCUGCCAUCACAUAUGGAUACACGAUCUUCAGUAAACUUCUAAAGGAUGCUGACUUGUUACCAGUGCUGAAUGACACAGUGAACCAACCAUUCACAAUGCUAUGGCCUACAGAUGACACAUUUAAAGCCCUCCCUAAAGAGAGACAAGAGUGGUUGUAUGAUAGUUCCAACCGUGAGAAGCUGGCAGCAUAUUUGAAAGUGCACAUGAUAAGGGAUCAGAAGAUUGUAGCUUCUCAGUUAAAAUAUGCAGAUAAUGUACGAACCAUGCAUGGAUCAACUAUCUCCUUCAGCUGCAGCUCAUCCACGGUCGGAGACAUUCUGGUGGACAAUGGAAAUGCAAGAAUUGUUGAGCGCCAUUUAGAAUUUUCAAGUGGCAUUGCACAUGGCAUUGACCAGCUCUUGGAGCCACCUGAUCUGGGAGCUCGCUGUGAUGAGUUUGUCAAAGAAGAGGUUCUGUCAAAAUGUGGCUCGUGCUCAUUUCCACGACCAUGUCCCUCUGGCACCAAAAGUAUUGGGAUACAUCCUGAGCCCUGUGACAGAGUGCCAAGCAGAUUAAACUACAGAAAUCCAUUUUUCAGCAGACGUCAUCACAUGUUUGAUGAUUCAAUGAACCCAUAUCAGUUUAACCCUUUCUUCUUAAACCAUGGAAACAAACUUGGCUGCCAGAAACGAUGCAUUAGGACUGCAUGGGUCAAGAAGUGCUGUAAAAAUCACCAUGGAAACGACUGCCAAGUGUGUCCUGGAGGCCUGGAGGCUCCGUGUGGAAAUCAUGGCGUGUGCAAUGAUGGAGUAAAUGGAACUGGGAUUUGUGACUGCACAAAGGGAUUCCAUGGCACGGCAUGUGAGCUGUGUGACCAGGGACAAUAUGGACCCAACUGUCAAGAAUGCAACUGCACCAGUAAUGGAGUAUGUGAAGAUGGAAUUACUGGAAGCGGACUCUGCUUUUGCAAGGAAGGCUGGACGGGACAGCAGUGUGAAACCAAACUUGAUGUCAAACCAAUCUGCUCCCCAGAAUGUGACAGCAAUGCUGUUUGUCGAGCCAAUAACACAUGCGAGUGCAACCCAUUCUAUGAGGGAGAUGGAAGGAACUGUGCAGUGGUGGACCGCUGUCAAGAUGGAAACAACCCGUGUCACCAAUUUGGUGUCUGUUCUCAGUUUGGCAUUAAUGUCACAUGUACCUGCCAUCCUGAUUAUGAAGGUGAUGGCUAUUUUUGUAGACCAAUCGACAGGUGUGCUGAUGGAAAUAACGGGAACUGCAGUGAGCAUGCAAACUGCAUCAAUACCGGUCCAAACCAGAGAAGAUGCGAGUGCAAAGAUGGUUAUGUGGGUAAUGGAGUCCAGUGCUUAGAAAAGGCAAUUCCUCCCACUGAUCGCUGCCUGGAAAUGAAUGGUAACUGUCACCCAGAGGCAACAUGCACUGAUCUUCACUAUGAAGAAAAAACUGCUGGUGUUUUCCAUCAGCAGUCAGCAAAAGGAAGGUAUAUGUACACGUAUGACGAUGCUAACAAAGCUUGCGAGUCAGAAGGAGCUUCACUGGCGACUUUUGAUCAACUAUCCGCUGCACAGCAGAAUGGCUUCCAUCUUUGUGUAGCUUCGUGGCUGGCUGGUGGACGAGUGGGAUAUCCAACAACAUAUCCAUCUAAGAACUGUGGGUCGGGACACGUUGGCAUCAUGGACUAUGGAGUACGACCAAAUAUGAGUGAAAAAUGGGAUGCGUAUUGCUAUCGUGUCCAAGAUGUGCAGUGUGCCUGCAGGACUGGAUAUAUUGGUGAUGGUUUUUACUGCAAUGGUAACUUUUUGGAAGUGCUGGCGCUCAAUGCUAACUUUACAAUUUUUUAUUCGAUGCUGCUAGAUUAUGCAAACACUACAGAAGGGAUGGAGUUCCUGGACUUUCUUUCAAAUGAAACAACAUUUGAAACACUGUUCGUCCCUGUUGAUUCUGGUUUUGAAGAAAAUGAGACUUUGACUGGACGAGAUAUACAGCAUCAUGUCACCGCAAACAACAGUUUUCUUGAAUAUCUGAACCUAACAACAGGCACUGUCCUUCCUUCCAAACUGGGAUACCCUCUCUCUAUUGGUGAUUCUGCAUCUUCCAACCGAACACUGCCAUCUGACUCCAGACUGGUUAAUAAUAAGUUGAUUGUUUCCUGGGAUAUUCCUACCUUCAAUGGAAUAAUCCACGUUAUAGAGGCACCGCUGAAGGCACCACCACUACCCGUUGUCAUCUCUACAGUAGACUCCCCGCAUCAAGUAACAGUGGCAACUACAUUAGCAUUAGUCAUGUUUUUUAUUAUGCUGACAGCAUUCACUGGGGCAGUCUUCUACUAUUUCAGAAGAAGAAAUGAAGGAUUCCUUUUCCAGUAUUUCAAGCAAGCUGAUGAGAAUGACCUGAUGCCUUCAAAGAACGAACGUAACUCAUCCCUGGCAUCUGUGACCAAUCCAAUGUACGACGCCCGUAGCCACUUCUGUGAUCCAUUCAGUGACCCUAUGGACAUUGAUUUCAGUGAUACCCGGAAGAUUAUAGAAGACUGACACAAUUUCUGCUCCACCAAAUUACAAGCAAGACGAUGAUGAAUGAAUACUAUAGAAAGCUUAUUCCUCAGACACACUUCCUUUGAAAAAAAAAAAGUAUUUUUGUAAAACAAAUUUGUCCUGGAUGUUGUCUAAAUUAUGACUACAUAUUGGGUACCAUUCGGGUAUGAACACUAUAUGGCAGGAAUAUGGAGUACAAAAUAAAGUGAGUGACUACCAAACUAUGCAGAUAGAAGACAAAUUUGUCAUAACUAGCACUGUGCCCUUGGCUGGACUUUGGGGUAUUGGGCACAAUUUAUGAUGAUUGUACAGUCAUGUUAUGCAGUGUAAAUGUAACCGGUAACUCAGAUAGUUAAAGCACAUGGAAUGAUUUCUAUUAUGUGGCAUAUCAUAGUUAGCCCAGCUUCUGCAAUGAUUCAUAACAAAACAAAAUGAAGCUAAAAUGUAUUAUUUUAUUACAUGCGUUGUGAUACGAUGUGGUCAGAUAAUAUACCCAUUCUAAAUCAGAGGGACUAGGAAUCUCAGAGUUCACUUUGUUCAUGACAUAUCCAGAACAGAUAUGGCCAGCAUAUGUUAAGUCAACCCAUAGUCUUGUAUUACUGCAUAUAAAACUGCUGCUAAUUUUAAAUCAUAUGCACUGUAAUCACAGAAUAACAUUCUCAAGAUGGCGACCCCUAACCGGGAAAGACAAAAGAAGAAGAAGAUGAAGAUGAUGGGUCGCUUCACUAAGAAACACCUACUAUCAGUUUUAAAAUGUAUGCCUAAAAUUACAAAUUUCUCAGAAUACUUGAAACUGUCAGGGGUGAACAUUUUGUUGGUAGAAUUUAUUAUAGUAUGAGAUAGACUUUUUCUCUUGGAUCAUCUAUAUAGAAGGGCUAUACCUAGUAACAAAGACUAAUUUACCAAAGUAAAGUAAAUAAAAAUAACUAUUCAAAUGAGAUUACGUCAAUAACCUGAAUAACUAGACUUUCUGCUGAUAAUGGCCUCUCACAGUGCACCCCUUUGUUACUUAUUUCCUUCUCUAGAAUGUGAUCAAACACUCCUUAUCUGUUUAAGGCUGAACAAAAUAAAUGCCAGUGUUCCUUUCCACUGUUCUUACUCUUAACACCUCCUUCCUCUUUUCAUGUUUUCCCAAUAAUUUUUGUUUCCCAAAUGUAUCACACUUCACUCAGUUGCAUUAAAUGAAUCCUUCUGUUCUUUACUUCCAAUGUGAAUGAUCUAUGUAUAAUCAUUCAUAAACCAGUUUCUUGAUCACAAAUAAUUGAGAAUAGCUGCUUGUUGUAAUUGUGUCUCAGAAUUAUGAGCAAUAAAAAGUGAAACUAAAACUAAAAGAACAGUGAAUGCCAUCAAUUGCUGUUUUCUAGCCAACCCCUGCCACCCCCACCAUCACCACCACACAUCUCCACUACUUUUAAAACUCCAUGACUGCCAUACCACGCUGGGAAGGGAAUACACUGAAACACAGCAGUCAUAGAUUUCAGUGUGUGUGUGUAUGUCCUCAUUUUAGUACAUUCAGUUUCUGUAUACUAGGACUCUCACAAGCGAGUCUCUUAAUUUAAAACUGUUACCACUGCGAACACACCUUUCCUAAUACCUACCUGCACAUGUUGAAAAAAAUGUUUUUGUAUCAGCUCCCCCCACCACACCCAUUGCUCUUACUUAUAUAUAAUUCCAGUAGGCAAAGGAGAAGCUCCCCAGUUAGUGACAAAGCAUUCUUACAGAAUCAGCAAUUCCAUCUUGCCUGUAAUACAAGAUAAGUAAACGUAAAUAUUACGAAAUGUGACUGGGCGAUUACAACCAAGUCAAAACACCCACCACUUACUAGAAGGGUAAAAAUUACAAUAAAAGCCCCAAUCCUGAACCACAUAGUGAUCUUUAGUAACCUUCACCUUGAAAAUGCACUCAGUUAAUGAUUAAUGUUUUUGUUUGCUUGUUUUCCAUCCACAUGAUGCUCUCUACUCAGGGUACCAUAGAGAGGCACACUCUUAGUUAGGCCAACUUCUUUUUUAACAUUUUCUGCGGAGUUGUGUCACAUACCUUGUUAAAGACAAGAUGAACCAUAUCAAUAUUCUCCUUCUUUUGUAAUUAAGUUGCUUCAUCUUUAUGAAUUAUUUCAAUGUUUAUUUCUAGUGUGCAAUGAACCAAAGCCACCCUUACAGCCGUGUGUGUGUGUGUGUGUGUGUGUGUGUGUGUGUGUGUGUGUGUAGCUGUAAUGUUCCUUUAUACUUAAGUGCACUACAUGAUGCAGAGAAAGUUAGCAUGUGCUUCCAUGGUCCCCUCCCCUUAGAUAAGUGCACUAGUUUAGUCACUACAGCUCACUCUACGUCUACCUCUUGAUCUACACCAGCUAGUGAUCAGUGUCUGUACCCAAACUCCACAACCAGCUGAUCAGUCCUGCACUGCCCAGCUCAUCUUCUGUGAUCCAGGAUGGUACUCAAUCCCAGUUCCCUAGCAGAACAAGUCAGUGCUUGCCCAUCUGUCAGCUGCUCAAGUACUAAAACUGAAUUCACGUUACAGGCUUUUCCCCUAUGAAUCCUUGUGAAUGUCAGCCAUUUUCUUCAAAUUUGUAUUUGCUAACCAAAUAGACCCACUACACAUGAAGGCCUGUUUUUGAUGCUGACCCAGAAACGUUGACUGGUUAAGUAACUUACUGAGAGUCACAGAAGGGAAUCAAACCCAGGACUAUAGGAUGAAGCUCACUAAUGGCUUAUUGCCUUAAUCUUCUGUAUUUUAUUUGUGUCUGGACUGAUCCAGUUGCCCUACUCACCACUGAUAUUGAUCCAUUCUAUUCUCAUCUUUCCUGAUCAGCUUCCCUCAUUCACCAAAUAACAAUUCCAGGUUUUCAUUCUCACCACUGCUGCCGUAGUAAAGAUGAGAGCUGACCAGCACUGGAUCAUCAUCCACAGGAGUGGAAUUUCUUACUUCUUCUCUCAGUGUCAACAAACACCUGCUUAUAGAACAGGGGCCUGCAGUUAUGGACCCUGUGGUGAGUGACUGGUUACAAAGACUCACCAAUUUACAGCUGCUGUUUGUCAGGCUAAAGGCUUCUCAUCCUUUCUACAGAAUCAAUCUUCGGCUACCUUACCUCAGACCUUCAAAAGCUGACAGGCACGUAGUGCUCUGUGUCAUCUCUGAUCACUAUAGAUGGAUCAUCAGAAUGACGCCAGUCACUAACAUCUUUUCCCGCCUUGGCCUUCCAUUGCCUCGACUACUUUUUAAACCUGCUCCAUCUGUGUGUGUUGUGGAGUCAGCAACAGGGCUGUGCUUGUGUUCCUCAGGCUCAAGCAUGCAUUGUUUGAAUUUCUAUAAUUACAUAUUGUUUCUUUUAGUACUAAUGUAUACCACCAUCCUUCCAAAAUGCUAAAGACAAUAGUUCCUGUUUCCAGACUUCUCCCCAUUUUCUACUAGUUAUUUUAAAAUUCUGGUUUGGAUCCCAUCAGACUCAUUCCUUACAUUUCAGAGGCUGUUUAGGAACUCUCUUUUGUGAAUGCACUGGUAUCAAUCACAUACCCACUUUCUUCGGCCUUGAUGCCUCACUCGCGCCUGUUUUUUUUUAAUAAUGAGCUUUUUUAGCUUCUGUUUACCUGCCAAUGAGAUUAUCAACUCUUUAAAAAGUGCUUGCUCUUUUUUCAUGGGUUUGGACUUUGCUGUUGUUACUAUAUUAUUCACCUCCUUCAGUUUUGGUACAGUCCUUUACUCUGUCAUUUUAGUUCUUGCACCAUAUAUUAUGAAUGCUAAUCUUUCUCCCUAAUUUCACUGGCUCUUUUGAAGACCAUGAUGAUUUUGCACUUUUUUUUAUUAAUGUAUUUACUUUAAAAGAUCAAUGUCUGAAUGUGAAGAUACCUUCAGCAAAAACUGAGGGAUUUUUCUGCAGUGAGGAAAGAACAAUUAAUGUGGGAGAGGGGUGGUAGUGAUCCAUAAGAAUGAACCCCACAAUUUCAAAAGUCUGACAUUUUAAACCAAUUUAUGGCUCACCAAAACACCCGUACUAUCAAUAUGUUUCUCAUACUUUACAAAAGCAUUAAAACUAUUUUUUAAACCAUAUACAGGAUCAGUACUUAAAUCAGCAGUCCUCUUCAGCAGAAUAGGAUACAGAUUCAAGAGUUCCAGAGAUUCCAGCACUGGAA